UGGCGUGUGAGCGUUAUAUAUAAUAGAUGAAACAGACAUUUUGACAGUUUUCUACAAGUAGACCGGGCCAUAGUUGGCGGGUAAAGUAGAACCACAAAGGAGAACGAAAAGUCUCACUUUCUUCGUUCUUGUUCAUGGUCUUCCUCGUUUCUUUCGUUGCAUCAACCCCUCUUGAGGGUUUUUUUGUUGUUCCUUAUGUUCUUCUGUUUGUAUAACAUCAAACAAUUUUGUUGGCUCAAUCACUUCCUUCUUCUUGUUCUUGAAUCUUGCACAGAUCAUAAGAUUCGAAAUGUGGAAGCAUUUGAAAAACGAGAAUUCAAGUCCAAAAGAUGGCAAAUAUAAUCACAAAUCAGGAUGGUUAGCUGGAAUGCUUCAUGUGCUUGACUUUCACCAUUGGAGAACUAAGAACCGACCAAUUUGUUGGAAGACCCCAAGAACCCAUUCCUUGAUGCGUGAAACUGAGGAACAAGAACCGUUUCUUGAUUCUAAGGAAGGAGAUUCAAAGAUGCUUAAUGUUGCUGCAGAUAAUAAGCCAACAAGACAGGGAACAAAACCGAAGAAGAUGAUGGCUACGAAGCAAGUAACUGAGUACGUGGAUUUUCUUGAAAUAUUGAGAAAGGAAGAUGUUUUUGUCAAGAUACUGAAAGAUCGAGUCCAGAUCAAGUCUAAUCCAAGAGUUUUGCCCAAGUCAGGCUCGUUUCCUAUCUCAGGCUCUUCUCGUCCUGCUAGGAUCGAACACAAGCAGAAGGAGAAUUGGUAUGCUCCAAAGCAAAACGGUGCCGUUUUAACUUUGAAUGUUCCAAGAGACGCUUCUCAAGAGCACAAACCAAACUCUCCUUCUCAUGGCUCAGCUGAUGAUGAUCAUGGAUUUAACCACGCUGUUAUAAACGGAUUUAGAGAAAUUAAGAAGUUGAUCAAGAACGCACUUAAAGACCGAAAUCACACAAAGAAGAAGAAGAAGGUUUCGGAUGUUCCAAAAGAUGAUUAUAUGGGGAGAUAUUCUCAACUCUUGGAGCAGAGUUUUAGAAGAGAAGGUGGUGAACUGCGUUCUAAGAGCUUAAAACUAUCAUAUGAAGAGAAAAAGAGCGAUUCAAGAGAUAAUAAACCUCAAUUCUUCAGACGGAUUUCGUCCUUGUCCAGCCUUGAAGUUCUUGGUUCAUUUCUGACCGACCUUCCAAGAGACAGUUCUACUUCCAAUCUGGAACCUAAGAAACCUGUGGACCAAGAUACUAACUUUGGAUCCAAGAAAUCUGUAUUGUUAUCCGAAUCUCUGGUAAGAGCAGAGAAGGAAGAGAAAUAUGAGGUGCAAGAGGAGAGAAGCCAAGAAAAUCACCUAGACAGCUCAAACCAAAGAAUAAUCCUGCAACAAGAUCAAGAUUCAGCUCCUAGUGCCGAUGAUACUGUAGAAAAGACAGAGACUUUACUCCCACAAGGUAAUAUCUUGAACAAAAUAAGGUCUUCACUGUUUGAUGAGAGAAAGGUACUCAAUUCUAUGGAUGCUUGUUCUACAGGUUUAGGUCUAAGUACUUCAGAGAUUUACAACCAUGAAGAAGAAGAUGAAGAUGCCUACUUCUGUUACGUAAAGAAGGUUCUAGAAGUUUCAGGCUUCCUCGAAGAAAAAUGGCACUCAGAGGAACAACCACUGAAUCCAUCACUGCUUCACGAACUCGAGAUACACGAAGAAGUAGUGAACGACAAAGAGCUUCUCUUUGAUUUGGUUAACGAGGCAAUCGUCGAGACUCAAAACCAAUCACAAAUAUACUUCCCCAAAACAUAUCCAUAUGGAAAACGUUAUCUUGAUGAGGUAUGGGGAAGAGUCGAGUGGAGCCUCUCUGGUUUAGGAGCUGAGAAUAGAGAUCGUUCAUUGGAUGAUAUUGUGGGAAGAGAUCUUCUUACAAAGAGUGAUGGAUGGAUGAAUCUUCAAGGUGAAUCUGAAUGGCUUACUCUUGAGCUUGAAGAUCUCAUUUUUGAUGAUGUUUUAGAUGAACUGCUUUGUGUUUAUUAGUAAGUUACAAUUACAAAACCCUUUUUUUGAAUAUCUCAGGUAGAUUUUUGAUAUACAUGUAUAUAAAUAUGUGUUUGAUACAAAAUUCAAGAUUUCUUACAGCUUGUAAAAUAGUGUGCCUAAUCAGUCCCACAUUUUUUGAUGAAA